AUGUCGAGUUCCGCGGCGAGAGCGCAGCGCCCCCAUCGGGGGAGAGCUCGCGCGCACGCGGUGUCGGUGGCGGAGGCGCAGACGGCGGAAGGCGUGUGGGAUGAGGGCAGGCAGAAAACCAUGAAGCGAUCCACGUCAUUCAUGAAGCGAUCCACGUCAGACGGCGUGACGACCUUCCGCGUCAGCAAACGUAGAGCCGUCAUGACCAGCGCCGCGGGGGAGGUGUCGGGGGAGACCGCGGGGGCGCCGGGCGCGCGGAGCAAGGGGGAUGCGGGGCGGAGCGGGCCGUGGAUGCUGGUAGGGCUGGGCAAUCCGGGGAUGAAAUACGAGGGCACACGGCACAAUGUACGUUGCCGCUGGGCGUGCAUGGGACUGGCCUGUGAGAAAUCUAAGAAGCAGAUUUUGAAAGGGGGAGAGGGGGGGAAGGGGGCUGGGAGGGGAGGAGGGGGAAAGGUGUGCCUCAGAUUUCAGCAGGGCCGUGGAGGGAGGGAGGGCAAGGGGCGCAUUGCGUAUCCCAGUGCUGCUGACCUCGUCCUCCCGUUUCCCCCUCUCUCCUUCUCACCUCCCCACCAGGUGGGCUUCGAGGUGGGCUUCGAGGUGAUGGACGCUGUAGCCAGAGCGGAGGGUAUAAGCCUGAGUGCCAUGCAGAGCAAAGCAGUGGUGGGCAAGGGGCGCAUUGCUGCGUGCCCUGUGCUGCUGGUGAAGCCGCAGACGUUUAUGAACCUCAGUGGGGAGAGUGUGAGUGAAAAAGGGGGUGGUAAGGCGGGGGGUACGAGGGCGAUAGUUACCAGCAUAUCCCUGAGUGCCGUGCAGAGCAGGGCAGUGGUGGGCAAGGGACGCAUUGCCGGGUGCCGUGUGCUGCUGGUGAAGCCACAGACGUUCAUGAACCUCAGUGGGGAGAGCGUGAGUGAUAAGGGGGGUGGGUGGGAAGGUGGUGGGGGUUUUGAUGAUACCUGA